AUGGCCUCCGAGCAGGCACAGCUAGUCGCCAGCUUCGAGUCGCUGCAGCAGUCGCAUGCCUCCCUCCAGCACGAGAACGACAAGAUGCGCGCCCGGCUCGAGGCGCGAGACCGUGAGCGGCAGGAUGCGCAGGAGCUCAUCGCGCACCAGAACGAGCAGGCGCUGCAGUCCACCGCGAUGCGGGCGCGGGAGCACGCGAUCCUCGAGAAGUACGUCGCCAUGGUUGCCGUCCACAGCGACACGACCGCCCUGGCCGCGUGCGAGACCGCGGCCUCCGACCAGCUCGCCGCCGCACGCAACGAAAACAUCUCGCUUCAGCGCCGGCUUCAGGUCUUCGAGGAGGAGCGGCUCAUGAUGCGCGCGCGGCUUGAGGAGGUGACGCAGCUGCACAGCGACAAGGCCCGGCUCGAGCACGAGCUCUUCCUCGCGCGGUCCGAGGAGCGCAAGGCGCGCACGGAGCUGGCCCCGGCGCAGACGACUGCUGACAUGUGGAAGGGCAAGUUCCACGAGAUGCGCGGCAUGCUCGGCAAGUCGGAGGUGGAGGCGAAGCGGAAGGAGAUGGAGUUUCAGACGCAGCUAUCGACCAUGUCGCGUCAGCUGCAAGUGACCAAGUCGCGCGCCGACCGCCUGUUUCUUGAGUACGACCAGCGACAGCGCAGCCUGCCGCCCCACCCCCAGCACGGGCAGAUGACUCGCACCUCGGGCCAACUUCCGCCUCAGCAGUUCAGCAGAGGCGGGCCGAUGGGCGCGGCGUGGAAUCCUCACGAGCCCCUCUACCAGCGCCCUGGUGAGCCUCAGCGCGGCGCAUUCCGCUUCGGCUACCCUUAG